CGAGAUGAAAAUAUUGAAGUUCUCCCCUGGAGUAACAAGGAUGGAUUAGAUUAGGACUGGGAUAAUCAGAGGUACAGCACAGGUUAAACCACUGGAAGAUAAAGUUCAAACAGYUGGUUCAGGAGGUGCUGUGGGUAUAUUGGUAGAAGGAUGUUGGCUGCCAGGAAAAAGACAAAGAGGAGGUAUAUGGAUGCAGUCAGGGAGGGCAUGAAGGUACAGUAGUUGCAGUGAGGACAGAGGAUGCAAAAUGAAAGCAAAUAGGACACAUCAUAUUAUUGUUCAACCCCCCACCUCCCCCACUCGGCCUUCUUUCCCUACAAUGGCAGCUCUCCGCUGAUUCAUCCAAAGCUGCGGAGCUGAUGAGCGUCCAUUUCUGGGUCAGUGAACAGCGGUGUCACGCUGAAUGGUGAACAGAGAAGAGAAACUACAGCUUUCAGACUCCACACAAACUGCACACACUCAAACACAAAACACACUGUCAACCCCUAAUCAGGUGUUCACACAGACAGGAUACCACCAAACAGCAGCAGCACUUCUCAGAAAUACAGGACUGUAAGUAAGUUUUUUUCUUUUUGAUCUGUGCGGUUGAUUAUUUACUCUUUGUAGUGAUGUCAAAGCAAGAAGUUACUGUCAAGGACUACAUUCAUAUAUGCUGGUAAAUGUGUGAAGGAAGUUCUUUGACAGUUUGAUCUUCGUCACUUCGCUCCUUUAUGCUCCUAUUCAGGUUCUAACACAAACUCAACAGCGAGCAUGAGGUCGCCUUAUUUCCCAGCCAGAUCGGUGCUUUUCCACAAGGAGCCGAACGGAGUGACGUACAGAGUCCCAGCUCUGCUCUACUUGACCAAGUUCAGAACCUUCCUGGCCUUCUGUGAGGAGAGACUCAGCCCAUCUGACUCCCAGGCCCACCUGCUCGUCAUGAGGAAAGGCACCUUCUACACCAACUACGUAGAGUGGGAGGACAUGCAUGUUCUGGGCACAGCCUUCCUGCCGGGUCACCGGUCCAUGAACCCAUGUCCGGUGUUUGAUGAGUUCACAGAGACACUCUUCCUGUUCUUCAUUGCCGUUCUGGGCCAUACCUCAGAGUCCUACCAGCUGGUGACGGGGAAUAACGUGACCCGGCUCUGCUACAUCUCCAGUACUGACGGAGGCCACACCUGGAGUCCAGUCACAGACCUCACCAAGACGGUCAUUGGAGAUACCAUCAAAGAUUGGGCCACCUUUGCUCUCGGCCCGGGCCACGGCAUCCAGCUGAAGUCGGGCCGUCUGCUGAUCCCCGCCUACGCCUACCACAUCGAGUGCAAGGAGUGCUUCGGACAGCUCUGCCAGACCACCCCGCGGGCCUUCUGCUUCCACAGCGACACCCACGGGAGAAGCUGGCGUUUCGGCGAGGCCAUACCAGCUCCGGAGAGCGUGGAGUGUCAGAUGGUGUCGGUGGACGAGGAGGGGGGCACCAACGUGUUGUAUUGCAACGCCCGCAGCCCUCUGGGUCACAGGGUGCAGGCCCUCAGUCUGGACGAUGGAGCCGUGUUCCAGGAGGGGCAGCUGGUGCAGCGGCUCGUGGAGCCUCGGAACGGUUGUCACGGCAGUAUUGUUGGGUUUCCUGCCCCUUUACAUCUCUACCAAGUUCCGCAGCAUCUCGUCGGACGUUGCAGACCCCGGACGUCCAAUGUGGACUCCAAGGACAAGACGACAUGUAGUCCUGUUGCAUCAACUCCCCUUUCUGCACCCCCAGACUUCCUGACACCCACGUGGGUGGUAUACUCCCACCCUACAUGGGCCACGGCCCGUAAGGACCUUGGUGUGUUCCUCAGCCUGUUUCCCCGCGACCCAGACAGCUGGCGUGGCCCCUGGGUGAUCUACGAGGGCCCCAGCGCCUACUCAGACCUGGCCUACCUGGAGCUGUCGCCCUCGCCCGGCGCGCCGCCCGCCGUGGCCUUCGCUUGCCUCUUCGAGUGUGGCGCCAAGUCGGCCUACGAGGAAAUCUGCUUCAGCAUCUUCACCCUCUACGAGCUGAUCGAUAACCUGCCAGAACACCUGGAGCGGACAGGCGGGACGGGGCGGGCUGAGGAGCCUCGCAGGUCACCUGCAGUCCAGCAGGCGCCUCUUGUGAAGAAGAGGAGAAAUAUGUUGAUGAAGAUGUGCUCUGUGUCUUAGAAGUCGAAGUGCAGUCAGGUUUUUUUUAUUGAACUUCAAUAAAGUAGGAAAAGUAGACUGAAGAUGUCUUUGAAAUCGAACUAUGAUGAUGAUGAUUGCUUGAUACAUACCCCUGCGAUAACUAGGCCUUAAAUUCUUAUGCAGCGUUGCCUUAGAGGUCAAAGGUCAAACACAUCCAGCUGUGGUUUUCAGCCCUAGGCUCUGACUCUGUUAGAUUUCCCAAAAAUGUCUUAAAUGAUGUUUCUUAUCUUUUUAUUGUCAAUUAGUGCAGAAUAUUUUAAUGGGUCAAUAAUACAUUAAAAAUCUAGUUGUCUUUGCAAAGUCAUUUGUUAUAUACUCAGU